GCUAGUAGUAUUAUACUACUCAGCUAUACAUAUUUGAGGUUUUCCAUCUCCUUUAUUGUUAUUAUAAUUAAUUAUUAAUAUUAAUUUGUUUUUUCUCUCGUUGGUCUUGAAUAUUGUCUUCAUCAUAUUCUUCUUUAAUGGUGCCUCGCUUGAUUUAUUUUCAAUGUUUACUACUUCAUUUUGACUUGACUGAUAACUUUAAAACGAUUCGAGCUCUCUAAGUGAAGAAGACGAAAAGGUAUAUAUAGAGAGAGAGAAAACCAUGUAUGGAGAUUGUCAAGUAAUGUCCUCCAUGGGGGGGAACGUAGUUUCCUCAGAAACUUUAUUCUCAUCUCCGAUCCAAAACCCUAACUUCAACUUCAUCUCUACCAUGCCUUAUCAACCCUUCUCCACCAUCCUUCCGAAGGAAGAACACUCGCUGUUACAUAGGGGAAAGGAUGAAAUGUUGGAGAGCGGUUCGGGUAGCGAGCAGAUGGAGGAGAAGUCAGGGAAUGAACAAGAAAAUAGCAGUGAUCAACUACUGCUUCAGCAGCAAGGCAAAAAGAAACGGUAUCACCGCCACACUGCUCGUCAGAUCCAAGAAAUGGAAGCAUUGUUCAAGGAAUGUCCACAUCCAGAUGAUAAGCAACGGAUGAAAUUGAGUCAAGAUUUGGGCUUGAAGCCAAGGCAGGUCAAGUUUUGGUUCCAAAACAGGCGUACCCAGAUGAAGGCACAACAAGACCGUAACGAUAAUCAGAUACUUAGAGCUGAAAAUGAGACAUUAAAGAAUGAGAAUUUCCAGCUUCAGGCGGCGCUUCGUAAUGCUAGUUGCCCUAAUUGUGGUAGUCCGGCUGUGAUGGGAGAGAUGGGUUUUGACGAACAGCAGCUUCGCCUUGAGAAUGCAAGACUCCGAGAAGAGUUGGAUCGAUAUUACUGCAUGACUCCGAGAUUUAGUAGCCGGACAAUUGGUGGAGGUCCUCAUCAUCCUCUAAUGCCACCAUCUUUGGACUUGGACAUUAGCAUCUACUCUAGGCACUUCCCUGACCAAAUGGCAACUGGAAACGGUCACAACAUGGUUCCAGUAGUUCCAAUGUUGCCUCAUCAGGAACCCUUCCCAGACAACGGUCUUCUCCUCGAAGAAGAAAAAUCACUUGCCAUUGAGCUCGCCACCUCUUCUGUUAACGAGCUGGUGAAGAUGUGCCAGUCGGGCUCGCCUCUCUGGAUUCGAGACUCUGAAAAUGGGAAGGAAGUUCUUAACGUUGAAGAGCAUGCAAGGAUGUUCCCAUGGGCCAUGAACCUCAAGCAAAAUAAUGAUUCGAGCGGUUUCAAGACUGAAGCAACUCGUGAUACUGAUGUUGUUAUCAUGAAUAGCAUCACUCUGAUUGAAUCUUUCCUUGAUUGUAGUAAGUGGAUGGACUUGUUCCCUUCUAUGGUCUCAAGAGCUAAAACCCUUCAAGUAAUCACAACCGAUGCUUCUGGCCAGCCAAUCAAUGGUUCACUUCAGCUGGUGUUUGCCGAGCUACAAUAUCUUUCCCCACUGGUUCCCUCUAGGGAAGCUCAUUUUCUCCGAUAUUGCCAGCAAAGCCCUGACCAGGAAAGAACUUGGUUCAUCGUUGACUUUCCAGUUGACAGCUUUCACGAUAUCCUUCAAUAUCAACCUUCACUUCCCAGAUAUAGGAGACGCCCCUCUGGCUGUAUCAUCCAAGAUAUGCCAAAUGGAUACUCAAGUGUCACAUGGGUUGAACAUGCUGAGAUAGACCAGGAGAAGACAGUUCAUCAAACUUUCAGUCACUUUGUCCAAAGUGGAAUGGCCUUUGGAGCUCCCCGCUGGUUAGCUCUCUUGAAGAGACAGUGUGAAAGGAUUGCAAGUCUCAUGGCUAGAAAUAUUACUGAUCUUGGAGUGAUGCAUUCUACUGAUGCAAGGAAGAACAUGAUGAAUCUAUCACAGAGAAUGUUUAGGACUUUUUGUGUGAACAUAAGCACCUCUGGCGGACAGUUAUGGACAGCUUUAUCUGAUAAUCCGGAGGACACAGUUAGAAUAACCACAAGAAAAGUUACUGAGCCUCAGCCUGGCCAACCCAAUGGUCUUAUUCUUAGCGCCGUUUCAACUACUUUUCUACCAUUCCCUGAUUACCAAGUCUUUAAUCUAUUGAGGGAUGAAGGCCGUAGAUCCCAGCUUGAAGUACUUUCAAAUGGGAAUUCUUUACAAAAAAUAGAUCACAUUGCCAAUGGUUCCGACCCAGGAAACUGUAUUUCUCUUCUUCGAAUUAAUGUGGCCAGCAACUCAGCACAACCCAUGGAGCUGAUGCUGCAAGAGAGUUGUACGGACAAAUCAGGCAGUGUUGUAGUCUACUCCACUAUGGAUGUAGACGCAAUCAAGCUGGCUAUGCAGGGCAAGGAUCCAUCCUUCAUCCCUAUCCUUCCAUCGGGCUUUGUCAUUGUUCCGGUUGAACUCGCAUCAGAAAACAACAACGCCACUGGUAAUAAAUCUGGCUGUCUUCUCACAAUUGGCCUCCAAGUCCUUGCUAGCCCAGAUCCCACGGCCAAGCUCAGCCUCCCUAGUGUCAAUGCCAUCAACAACCAUCUCAGCAACACUAUUCGACAGAUCAUGGCUGCUCUCGGCAGCACUGCUGCUGCUACUACUUGUGCUGACAAUAAUGGUGGCUCAGGGAGCUCCUCUGGUGUUGACCAUGGCACUGCUACUACCGCUGAUGGCCCCAGCCAAUAGAGAGUUUUGGAGGAGGGUUUUCUAUGAGUUUCUUUUCUACCUUUACUUUGACAUACUCACUUAGGGUUUGGAAAAAGGGUAGAAAUGGAACUCUCUAUCUAUCUGUAGUACUUCAUUCGUUUAGUUUUUUUUAAGUUUAUUGUGACUAUAGGUUUGGGUGGGUGUGAGCAUUUGGAUGAAAUGGUAGUAGUGGAGCCUUGAGUGGACUAUAGGACUAUAAGCUAUGAGUACGUAUGCAGUAGUAGAGUGAGUUAGUGAUGAAUGAUGAUCCUUUUGGUAAAUAAGUGGGUUCGAAUUACUUUGGGGUUGCGUAAGUUUUUUGAGAUGGGUAUUAAAUAUUUUGGGUAGGUGGUGGGUUGGUGUUUGUUGAGAUUACGAAAGGUGUGGUUUUAAUUUCAAGAUGGGAGUUUUAAAGAGGGGGAGUCAAGAGCGCACCAACUAUGACCCUUGGUUUCUGGUAAGGCUCAAGAAACAACAAUUCUGUUUGAAUAUUGUUAAAAAAAAUAAUUUUACAAAAAAAAAAAAAGAAAAAUUAGUAUUCAUGCAUUAUGGGGCCUCACCAGUCAGCAAGGGGGUGUGGUUCGGGUAUUGACUCCUGCUUUAUAUAUAGUGUGUCUCUGUUUGUCUUUUUGUGUUUUUAUUAUGUGAAUUCAAUGCUCCUUUUAUAUAUUUUCAUUGAUAACAAUUUAUUUCGUUUUAGUA